AUGGCCAUCUUGACAGAAAACUACAUCCUCUGGUCGUGGGCCAUCUUCUUAAUGGUGAUCUCAACCGGUAUGUCGUCGCCGCCUCCAUCCCCCGUUCGUUCUGCGCAACAAUAUUCAGUGCAAUCGCAGCCUAACUCUUCUUCUGCUUCCCCUUCUGCUUCUCCCCCUGCGUCACCAAUAGGCCUCUAUAUUACUCGUUCUCGUUGGUUACCGUUUCUCUCAAAUAUCAUUCCCGAGAAUGCAUACCAUCGUCUAAGCUCUUCAUUUGAGGGCGAUAUCGAGGCCGGAUUAAGUUCCGAUGCCUUUAGCCUCGCCGGCAAUGUCCAGGACGGCGACUCGCGCGCCGGUCUAGACGUCGCCUCCAAGAAAGAAAUCCUCAAAAUCAUGAGGAGCCAGAAAGUCGGCUUUGAUGAAGCCCGCCAGCUAUACAUGGUUCAAAAGCUCGCAAAGAAUGGAAUCGCUCCUGACGGCAGGCCCAUGGAUCCCCGAGCUGUGUUUUUCUCGUAG